AUGGGGAAGUGGAUGGGCGACCUUUGGACCGACGGCAAUUUGGAGCACUCGACGUACGGAGCUUUGACAUUGGGGGUAAGGGUCGGCUAUUCAGAGCGCAAGCGGGACUUGGACUUGGCCACGGCUGCCGAGAAGGAGGCGAACGUCGACAGGCAGAUGCUCGGAGUGGACGCGGCCCUUGCGAAACUGAGGGCGCCUUUCCUCGCUUUCCCCGCUGCGGAGGCCUGUCAGGGCAUGUUUCUGGCGCUUCGUUUUCGCUGGUCGUUGUUGGUGCUCGUCGCAGACAAGGCGUCUGGCAAGUCCAAUUUCGCGGAGAGCUCGUUCGACUGGCCGUGCGCCCUCGCACUUGAAGACGCCACGCACAAAGACUCCGACAGGGACGGGCACGACGGAAUCGCGCUGGAUAAC